CAGGAGGCGGACGCGGCGGCGAGCAUCUGGAAGGAAAGUGGCUGCGCGGCACGAGACGGCACGCCUGUAUGUCUCGCGGUGUGCCUGAACGUUAGCUAGCUCCACGCGCUCUAUUUCUCGGAUAUAACCGCGGAGAACAGCGGAGAAGAAGCGGGGAUAUUAUGGCGACGCUGGGGCCGGAGUCGGCUCGUCCUCCCCACUCCCAGCUCUGCUCUUCCCCGUCGAUCCAGUCUCACAUCGGCGGCGCCAACCUGCCUCCUAACCGGGGCUUGGAGCGGGCGCUGGAGGAGGCGGCGGCCAGCGGCGUGCUCAACCUCAGCUCCCGAAAACUGAAGGAGUUUCCCCGGACAGCCGCCAACCAUGACCUGACGGACACGGUGGAAGCAGACCUGUCGAAGAACCGGCUGACCGACGUCCCCUCAGAGGUCUGCCACCUGGUCGCCUUGGAGACACUAAACCUGUAUCACAACUGCAUCAGGACCAUCCCGGACAGCAUCAUCAGCCUGCAGUCACUCACCUCCUUAAACCUCAGUCGGAACCAGCUUGGCGCUCUGCCGGCGUGUCUGUGUGGUUUACCUCUGAGAGUCCUCAACGCCAGCAACAACAAGCUGGUGAGCCUGCCGGAGACCGUGGGACAGCUACACAGCCUCAUGGAGCUGGACAUCAGCUGCAACGAGAUCACGGCUCUUCCUCGACAUAUCGGCAGACUCAAAUCUUUGCGAGAACUAAACGUGCGCCGAAACCUUCUCUGCGUCCUGCCUGAAGACCUGGCUGCCCUUCCUCUGGUGAAGUUUGACUUCUCCUGUAACAAAGUGUCGACCAUCCCUGUGUGCUACAGGAAGAUGAAACAGCUCCAGUCGCUCCAGUUAGAAAACAACCCACUGCAGAGUCCACCUGCACAGAUCUGUAUAAAGGGUAAAGUUCACAUAUUCAAGUAUCUGAGCAUCGAGGCGUGUCGCAGUGAGAAGAUGCCCGACUCUCUCUACCUGCCUGUCAUCGAGCGCCUCAGCCUAUCACGGCCCGCCACCGGCAGUGUGGAGGACAUGGAGCAGCAGAAGAAGCAGGACAGCGACUCAGGAGUCGGCAGCGACAACGGAGACAAGAGACUGUCUGCUACAGAGCCGUCAGAUGAAGACAGUCUGAGUCUCAACGUACCGAUGAGCCACAUCACAGAGGAGGAGGGGAUCAGUAAAGACGACUCGAGUGAACACCUCAGCUCCCUGACAGCAGACCCAAACUCUGACUCGGUCCGUCUGAUUGAGGAGAGCCCUACGGAAGCCCUGAGGGACCAGUUCAGCUACAGAGAUUCGGCUCUCAGCACUCGCUUCGUCAACUACAUCAAGGGCCGGACAGCAGCAGACUUUGAGGAGCCCCUCAGGAUAGAGGAAGACUCACACUGGCCAACACAACAAAUGUCAAAGGUCACAGGGGGCACAGAGCUCCACAUCGACAUGAUUAACCAGCUGAAGGAGGCCGUGGAGCUGCUGCAGGACCCCAGCAGAGUGAGCGCAGAGCAGGACGACCUGUCGGGAGUUCAGCUUUACCCCGUGGAGAUGGUCACAGUGGAAGAGUCACUCAAUGGGCAGGACAGUGAUGACGGCGUCACCACACCAAAGCGAGAUGACAGAUCUCCAGCCAGCAGACCUCCAUCCUUCACCAGCCCAGUGUUUGGACUGAAGCCCCGUUCGGCCCCACCCUCGCUGCCCUGCUCGCCCCCUCUUUCCUGUCUCGACCCCUCCCUCCUCUCACAGGCCUCGCCCCUCCGUAGAGAUACACCUCGUAGCCACGAAGAUGGAGGCAUGCACAGCCGCGUGUUCCUGCGAAGCCACAAGAGUCUGGAGUCUGUUGAUCCUCAGUUCACCAUGAGGAGAAAGAUGGAGCAGCUGCGAGAGGAGCUGGAGCUCAUGGAGCAACUGCGAGACAGCAUCGAGAGCAGACUGAAGGUCGCCCUUCCUGAAGACCUCGGGUCCUCUCUGAUGGACGGCGUCGUGCUCUGCCAUCUGGCCAAUCACAUUCGGCCACGCUCUGUUGGCAGCAUCCACGUGCCCUCGCCUGCAGUGCCCAAACUCAGCAUGGCCAAGUGUCGGAGAAAUGUGGAGAACUUCCUGGACGCCUGCAGGAAGAUUGGUGUACCAGAGUCUUCCCUCUGUUCGCCUUAUGACAUCAUCCAGUGCCGCCUGCAGCCGGUUUGUGCCACAGUUCAGGCACUGGCUGCCUUGGAUGCGACAUCUCUGCACAGGAAACAGGCAAUCUCGACUCCAAACCCCACCUCCUCUGGGGUGUCAGAGACUCCCUCAUUGGUUUCUGUAACCACCCAAACCCCGCCUCCCGCAUGGCAAAUCUGGGACCUUAUUGGCUCAAGCCUGCUUCACAUCCUCUGCCUAGUUCUGCUGUUUGUGGCCUAUAGCUGGAGCGAGCUAACGUAACCGUGACAAAAGGCUUCUGUCAGUCACCUGCAGGCCCUGCCCUCUUUCUGCCCUGACCACACCCCCUUUUUAUUUGCUGCAUUUUGUCACAUGGGAAAAAAAUCACACUCCAAAUUAAACUUUAUGUGGAAAUAUUUUGUUGUUAACAUUUCUGUAAGCUCAUCAACGUUCACUGAACAUCAACACAGAGAAUCACAGUGAUGUAAAGAGGGACUAAACCCAAAAUAUAUUACUCGUCUCAGAUAAAAUACAAAAGUACUUUUAAUUUUGUCAAUAGUUGCAGCAUUUCCUCAAAACAUCAGCCUCAAUGAUGAAAAGAGCAGAAGCUGCUUAUAUUUUUAAAUGUUUGGGAGAGAACUUGUAGUUAAGAUGAUUUAUUAAGACAAUGAUAUUUGAUCAUGAUCCCAUUUUAAAUAUCAAGACAACCCUGUUUCCACAAAAGUUGCUGAGUAAAAUGCAAAUAUUAACAAAAUGUGAUGAUGUAGCACAAAGUCAACUUAUCUAAUGAAAUGAACCUAGGAAACUGUAUGGUUUUUGGAAAAUUAUAUAUCCAUUUCAGAAUCACCUUUAAUGGCCUGAGAUGUGUACACAUACACACCGGUUUUAUAUUACUCUCAGUAUACAUACAAAAAACAUUACCUGCAUUAACAAACAGGACAACAAGCUGAACAACAGACUACAAAGAAAGUAAACAUGUACACACAACCAUAGACAAAAAAAACAUUUGUAGACAGCAGAUUUGUAGUGAGAUAGUGCAAAGGAUGCUGGAAUAAAUAAAUAUUUCUGUGCAGUAAUUAUGCAAUACUUUAUGUACAUUAUACAAUAUUAUUAUGUACAUGAGGCAGGUGGAUGAUAUAUAUGCCUUAUGUACAAUAUGAACAGCUACUAAUUUGCAGGUGGAUGUUAGAGUCACCAGGUUAUUGUAUACUGUUCUGUAGCACCUACCUUUGAAUUUGAUGCCAGAAACACAAAAAGUUGGGACAGAACAAAAGAAUGGAAAAGUUGUGAAAUGCUAAAAGAAAUCGCCUGGUGGAACAUCUCGCAAUUGAUCAGUUAGUAAGAUGAUAGGGUGUAAAGAGAGCAUCCCAGUCUUUCUGAAGUAAAGAUGUGGAGGGAUUCACCACUCAACAAUUUAAGAAUCAUGUAUCUCAAUGUAAAAUUGCAAAGAAUCUUGCCGGAAUCAUUAUUUAUUAUUAUACAAGAUUUAGAGAAUCAGAAAAAAUCUCUACAUGCAAGGGUCAGGGCUGAAAACUAAUACUGGAUGGCCGUGGCCUUUGGGCACUCUUUGGGAUUCUUUAUUGGACAUCACUGAGCAACACUUCCAAAAACACUUCAUCGUCUCUGAACACAGCUCAUCGCUGCGUUCACAAAUGCAAGCUGAAACUCUACCAUGCAAAGACGUAUAUAAAGCAGAUCCCUUUUAGUAUUUCACAACUUUUCCAGUCUUUUGUUGCCAGUGGUCCAACUUUUUUAGAAAAUUGUUGCUGGCAUCAAAUUCAAAAUGGGCGUAUAAUAUUAUUCAAUCAACAAUAACAUUUCUCAGUUUCAGCAUUUGAUAAGUUGUCUUAGUGCUAUUUUCUAUUAAAUAUGUGUUUUCGAUGUUUUGAUCCCUGCGAUGGACCUGUCCAGGGUGUACCACGCUUUCGCCCGAUGUGAGCUGGGAUUGGCUCCGGCCCACCACGACGCAGGAUAAGCGGUUGAUGAUGGAUGGAUGGUGUCGAUGUUUUGC